UCAUGGCGGCGCUCCACACUGUGGACGGAGUGGAGGGUGGCAGUGGGGAAAUAGGGUUGAUUCUGUCAAAUUCUCCCACCGGAGACACAAAAAGACCUCAGUUCGGAACACGUUUCCUAACAGACCCGCGACAGGUUUUCCAGCACAACGCAUGGGACAAUGUGGAGUGGACUGAUGAACAAGAAGAAGCUGCGAAGAAGAAAGUCUUAGAAAACAGUCAGCCUCUACCUCCAGAGAAACAAGAGGAAUACGACAGCCGGGCCAAUGAAUACUGGAAUGACUUCUACACAAUCCACGAGAAUCGUUUCUUCAAAGACCGUCACUGGCUCUUCACAGAGUUCCCAGAGUUAGCCCCUCAGUGUAGCUUGAACCAUGAGUCUCAUCCAGGUGUGUCUGGCACAGAUGACAGCCAGCAGAACGGUCUAGAUCAAAAGCAAUGCAGGGAUUUUGACAACUGCGACUUUCCUGGCUCCUCUGCCACAUAUCGCAUUCUGGAGGUUGGUUGUGGUGUGGGGAACACAGUUUUCCCAAUUCUGAAGACAAACAAUGACCCUGGGCUCUUUGUUUACUGCUGUGAUUUCUCCAGCACUGCAGUGGAGUUGGUCAAGGCAAACCCAGAGUACAACUCUGACCGCUGCUUCGCCUUUGUUCACGACUUGAGUGAUGUGGAAGCCAAUUUCCCCAUCCCUGAUGGAAGCCUUGAUGUUAUAGUGCUAAUCUUUGUGCUAUCAGCUCUGCAACCUAACAAGAUGCAGGAAUCCAUCAGUAGAUUAGCACGCCUGCUGAAGCCUGGUGGGAUGAUGCUGCUCAGAGACUACGGACGCUAUGAUAUGGCACAACUUCGCUUCAAGAAAGGAAGAUGUCUUUCAGAAAACUUUUAUGUCCGAGGUGAUGGAACACGAGUAUAUUUCUUUACUCAGGAUGAGCUUCAUGAGCUGUUCUCAAAGGCUGGACUGGAGAAAGUGCAGAAUCUUGUGGACAGACGGCUACAGGUGAACAGAGGGAAACAGCUCACCAUGUACAGAGUGUGGAUUCAGUGCAAGUAUCGCAAGGCCUCUUGAGAAACAGGGGGAUGGGCGGAGGAGAGAACCCGUCUGACCUGACCUUCAACUACAACUGAAACCUGGAGCUGAACUGAAAGUGGUGUUGGCUGUUUUCAGAGGAUGUUUGGAACUGAGAAGAUUUAUAGUGUUUGUGAUAAAGGGGAGGCAACGAGACAGUUAGAGGCAUUCCCUUGUUUCAACUGCCAUUGUGCAGAUGAACUUGUUUUAUGCUUGUGGUGUGGGAGUCCUGGCUACAAGAAUGAUGACUUUCUGCUGGGGCUGGUAACCCCUGUCAAAAGGUUUCUAUUCUGAUAGACAUGGUUUUUAAUCGGCUUAUGUUUUGAAAUAAAAUGCAUGAUUUAUAAAAACCUACUGACCUUUUUUUUAAAGUUCUAAAUUAAAGAUUUAAGUA